AUGCCGAAAGAGAAAAACUACAAUCCGGUCCAGGCGCAGCGCAAAGCCGACAAGGCUCGCGAAAUCAGAAAAGGAAAGGCCGAAGCGCAAGGGCGCCGAGAUGAAAAGCUAGCGCGCAAGAACCCAGAUCGAAUCCAGAAACAAAUCGACGACCUCAAGGCUGUGGUGUCCGGAGGAGGAAAGCUGACGCGUCAUGAAGAGCAAGUCCUCGAAGGCUUGGAAAAAGAACUCAAAGCAGUGCGGAAAGCCAGAGAUACGCUUGGUGACAAGGCGCCCGAGUUUGGCCGCUGGAGAAGAGAUGGCGAUGGCUCGAGAUCAGGAGCGCUUGGUAAACGGAGGCGCGGAGACGAUGGUUCCAGCAGCGAUGAAGAUGUCCCCGAUGAUGUCAAGAGUAUUCCCAUGCCCCGAGACACGCCGCCGCCUAUACCAACGGCCGAGAUGGACAAGUGGUACGCGAAGCGAAGAGCAAAGAGGGAGGCCGAAAACGCAGCUCGACGACGUGAUGAUAACGCGCACGACAAUGAAGCUGGAGAUGGUCAAGAUAGAGACUUCAAGGGCAAGGGCAGGGAUAGAGAAGCCCAGAAGCCGGCGGUGGAGUCCAAGACGGUAUACGAAGCGAAGCCAGUAGUAAGAAAUCUGCGCCAGGAAGCCGUGUCUGCCUUUGUUCCCACCUCGGUGCAGAUGAAGAUGAAUAAGGGCAAAGGCCAAGGCGGACUGUUGGAGCCAGAAGAGGCAGAUCGGCUGGAGAAGGAGGGCUACCUGAAGCUGGCCUCGGGCAACGAACAGGACGAAGCUGAAGAUGAUGAAAAAGCCGAUGCAGAGCGCGUGGCUUCGUCUUCUCGGAAUGUCAUGAUGGAGGAGGUGGAUGAUGAAGAAGCGUGA